ACCAUUUCAGCAAGUUUAUGGACAGUUGAGCCAGUUGGUUGCUUUCGAGACUCGUACGUAGAACCCCGACCACUUCCCGAACUAAUAGCCAACUUCCGAGACACUAUCGAUCGUAAGGAUAUAAACAAAACUGUCAGAGCAUGCGCAGCGAAAGCCAGGGAUAAAGGAUACAAGUUCUUUGGCAUCCAGUUUUAUACUGAGUGUUGGAGUGGUGCUGGGGCCGAGACAACCUACGCUAGGGACGGGAUAUCAGUAGACUGCGACAGCGGUGUCGGCAAAUCAGGCGCAAUUUUUGUAUAUAAAUUUGGGGACUAUGGUAAGUAUCUUACGAGAGAGAUGUAGCCAUCAAUAGAAUGAAGACUAUGUGAACUGCGGAAUACAAUUUUUGAAAUGUUGAAAAAAAAAAAUCUGGACUUCGAACCCAUGGCCUCUGCGGUAGCGCUGCAGUGAGCUAUGAAGACCCACUGACCCAUACAUUGGAAGAAGGCCAAUUUGUUGAGUUCAUCUAAACCCCUUGAAAGGAAUGAAAUAUAGAAUGAAGAUGAUGUGAACUGCGCAAAUACAAAUUUAAAAUGAAGACAUUGUGAUUCAGCAAAUUGGCCUGCGCAUAAUGUAGGCGUCUUCAUAACUCAGUUGGUAUAGCACUGCAGCGCUAACACAAGUUCGAAUCCAGUUGAAGUCCUGAAAUUUUUGUCGGCUUAAUUUGAAAUUGCUUAAAUUGAAAUUACCACUGCGAGGAUCAUAUCUUCAUUUAAAUAGUGAUCAAUUUGAAAAUCCCUCAUAUUGGGAAACGAGCAGAUGAAAACUGUCGCAAACAAGUAUGGCGCCCAUUCAGGCCACAUCCUCUUUUGGACUAAACGGGCGUGUGCCGCGCGCUGAACAGGGUAUGGUUUUAAUGGUCUUGAGUCUUAAAUCACUGGUCAAGGGCUCCUGACAGGGUAAACAAUUUGAUUAUUUCGCGUCUUGAACGGGUGUUUUUUUUAACUGGAAGCCUUUAAAAGAAUGUGAAGGUUGGCGGUGAGUGGUCUAGAAACAUCAUGAUACAAGGCUGAGUAUGUUCUAUACAGCUUUCGAUCUUACCUGCAACUAUUUCAAAAACUCAUUAAUAAUUCAUAAAGAAAUUAAUGUUUAAUAAGUGUCUUUAUAUCUGAUAAAGACACGGCUAGACUUUACGUCCAAUUUUUUAGACCAAAAUAACCCCAAAUCUAAAUAAUUAGUGAAAGAAUGAGUUGAUCUAUAUCAGAGAUUUUAUAGCCGUUUAAAAAAAGAGCAGAAGAGUAUUCGGCUCGAGUUUUCAAACAGUACUUAAUAAAUUUCUAUAUCAAACAGCCAAGCUGUAUUUCUUUUUUAGAGCCGCCAUGUCCUUCUUGUAAACAGCCGCGACACCUGUGUUUUCCCGCCAUUUCUCACGUGACCCUAGAGUCAGGUGCAAACAUCAGUAUGAGGCAGCUGGGGAUUGGUGACAAAGUUCAGACACUGGGCAUGAAUGGAGAAACCAUUCACACUGAAGUAAUUGGUUUCCUACAUAAGGAGACAAAAACUGACGCAGAAUUUUGUAAGUUUGAAAUCAGCACAGGUAACGUUGUGAUGUUAUCUCCACAACAUCUCAUCUUUCGAAAAGAAAACUCGACGUCUCCUCCUGCUGCGGUCUUUGCCUCAGAUAUCAAGCUCGGAAACUUGCUUUAUACAUCGAACGAGAGAGUCGCUAGGUAUAAAGCAGUAGCCCGGAUCUCCAUGGUAACAGAGACAGGCGUGUAUGCCCCUUUAACCAAGGAAGGAACGCUAUUGGUGAAUGGUAUUCUGGUGUCGUGCUACGCCACCUGGCCUUCCCAUGAGGUAGCACAUUUUGUAAUGGCGCCGUUAAGAGGCUUGUACGCCAUCACUGGAACCUGUAAACGACUGGUCAGCUUCAUAGAUUGGACAUUCUGGAAUGAUUUCCAACGGAUGGAUGGGAUUUCAUGGUACGCCUUAGGACUUGCCGCGUUAACGGGAAUUUUCCUUUAA